CGGCUCGCGGCGUCGGGGCCCGUGGCGCGCGCGCGGCCGCCCCUCGGCCCCGGAGCCCCUCGGCGGCACCACCAUGUACUCGGGAGCCGGCCCCGUGCUUGCCCCUCCUCCACCGCCACCGCCACCCGUCCAAGGGUAUGCCUUCAAGCCUCCACCCAGACCCGACUUCGGGACCUCCGGGAGAACGAUCAAGUUACAGGCCAACUUCUUUGAAAUGGACAUUCCAAAAAUUGACAUCUAUCAUUAUGAGUUGGAUAUCAAGCCAGAGAAAUGCCCAAGAAGAGUUAACAGGGAAAUAGUGGAGCACAUGGUUCAGCACUUUAAAGCACAGAUCUUUGGGGACCGGAAGCCAGUGUUUGAUGGAAGGAAGAACCUCUACACGGCGAUGCCCCUUCCGAUUGGGAGGGAUAAGGUGGAGCUGGAGGUCACGUUGCCAGGAGAAGGGAAGGACCGCAUCUUCAAGGUGUCCAUCAAGUGGGUGUCCUGCGUGAGCUUACAGGCAUUACACGAUGCACUUUCGGGGCGGCUGCCCAGCGUCCCCUUUGAGACGAUCCAGGCCCUGGACGUGGUUAUGAGGCAUUUGCCGUCCAUGAGGUACACCCCCGUGGGCCGCUCCUUCUUCACGGCGUCCGAGGGCUGCUCCAACCCGCUGGGCGGGGGCCGAGAGGUGUGGUUUGGCUUCCAUCAGUCCGUCCGGCCUUCUCUGUGGAAGAUGAUGCUGAAUAUCGACGUCUCGGCAACAGCGUUUUAUAAGGCACAGCCAGUAAUCGAGUUUGUGUGUGAAGUUUUGGAUUUUAAAAGUAUUGAAGAACAACAAAAACCUCUGACAGAUUCCCAAAGGGUCAAGUUUACCAAAGAAAUCAAAGGUCUAAAGGUGGAGAUAACGCACUGUGGGCAGAUGAAGAGGAAGUACCGCGUCUGCAACGUGACCCGGCGGCCCGCCAGCCACCAAACGUUCCCGCUGCAGCAGGAGAGCGGGCAGACGGUCGAGUGCACGGUGGCCCAGUACUUUAAGGACAGGCACAAGCUGGUCCUGCGCUACCCUCACCUCCCGUGUUUACAAGUCGGACAGGAGCAGAAACACACCUACCUUCCCCUAGAGGUCUGUAACAUAGUGGCGGGACAGAGAUGUAUAAAAAAGCUGACCGACAAUCAGACCUCAACCAUGAUCAGAGCGACUGCCAGGUCAGCCCCCGAUCGGCAGGAAGAGAUUAGCAAAUUGAUGAGAAGUGCCAGUUUUAACACAGAUCCGUAUGUUCGUGAGUUUGGAAUCAUGGUCAAAGACGAGAUGACCGAUGUGACCGGGCGGGUCCUCCAGCCGCCCUCCAUCCUCUAUGGGGGCCGGAAUAAAGCGAUUGCCACCCCUGUCCAGGGCGUUUGGGACAUGAGGAACAAGCAGUUCCACACGGGCAUUGAGAUCAAGGUGUGGGCCAUUGCGUGCUUCGCCCCCCAGCGCCAGUGCACGGAGGUCCACCUCAAGUCCUUCACGGAGCAGCUCAGAAAGAUCUCGAGAGACGCAGGAAUGCCGAUCCAGGGCCAGCCGUGCUUCUGUAAAUACGCCCAGGGGGCAGAUAGUGUGGAGCCCAUGUUCCGGCAUCUGAAGAACACGUACGCCGGCCUGCAGCUGGUGGUGGUCAUCCUGCCUGGAAAAACCCCCGUCUAUGCCGAGGUCAAGCGCGUAGGAGACACGGUGCUGGGGAUGGCCACACAGUGUGUGCAGAUGAAGAACGUGCAGAGGACCACGCCACAGACCCUGUCCAACCUCUGCCUGAAGAUCAACGUCAAACUGGGCGGCGUGAACAACAUCUUGCUGCCCCAGGGGAGGCCGCCGGUGUUCCAGCAGCCCGUCAUCUUUCUGGGGGCGGAUGUCACGCACCCACCUGCCGGGGACGGGAAGAAGCCGUCCAUCGCCGCCGUCGUGGGCAGCAUGGACGCCCACCCGAACCGCUACUGCGCCACCGUGCGCGUCCAGCAGCACCGGCAGGAGAUCAUCCAGGACCUGGCGGCCAUGGUGCGCGAGCUUCUCAUCCAGUUCUACAAGUCCACACGCUUCAAGCCCACCCGCAUCAUCUUCUACCGAGACGGUGUCUCCGAGGGGCAGUUCCAGCAGGUUCUUCACCACGAGUUACUGGCUAUCCGAGAGGCAUGCAUUAAGCUAGAAAAAGACUACCAGCCGGGGAUCACGUUCAUAGUGGUCCAGAAGAGGCACCACACUCGGCUCUUCUGCACCGACAAGAAUGAGCGGGUGGGGAAGAGCGGAAACAUUCCAGCAGGGACGACCGUGGACACGAAAAUCACCCACCCGACCGAGUUUGACUUCUACCUGUGUAGUCAUGCUGGCAUCCAGGGAACAAGCAGGCCUUCCCACUAUCACGUGCUUUGGGAUGACAAUCGUUUCUCUUCCGAUGAGCUGCAGAUUCUCACCUACCAGCUGUGUCACACCUACGUGCGCUGCACGCGCUCCGUGUCCAUCCCGGCGCCAGCAUACUAUGCUCACCUGGUGGCCUUCCGGGCCAGGUACCACCUGGUGGAUAAAGAACAUGAUAGUGCUGAAGGAAGCCAUACCUCCGGGCAGAGUAACGGACGAGACCACCAGGCGUUGGCAAAGGCAGUCCAGGUCCAUCAGGACACGCUGCGCACCAUGUACUUUGCUUGACAUGUUUUAGUGUUUACGAUUGUGUACCGAGUUGGAUUCACAUGAGACCAGCUACACUCAGACCAACAAAUGCCCAGCCCUUCCGUGACAGCCAGCAUCGAACAUGAGACGCCAUUGAUUUUAGUAGAUUCUCCAUUUUCCAGAAUGCCUUCCGUCCCAGAUUUCAGACUUGGAUUUUGAACUGCAGACCUGUAUGAGACCCCAUUGUCGUAGGAAAUAUGGUUUGCCAAAAUCUUAUAAGCUGCUUAUUAAAAUAGAGUCCCGUGUUUCCUAAAAAAUCUCCUAAAACCAGUCUAUGAACUCAGGGCUUUAAAACAUUUUUAAUUUAUUUGGUCGUUCAAUUUACUUGUUUUUAACACAUGAUUCUAUAUGAAAUUGAUGGGCUCAAACUAGCUGUGAACGUUCUGUGAGAGUGAAAGCAACAUAAAACACAUUGUGGUUUUAAAGCCUUGAACAUUCUGAUGCUGUCACUAAAGUUUAUUUCAGAGUGACACCUGUGUGCUCCUGACCUGGCUCCCACCAGCUGUCCGGGAUCCGAGGGCAGGGGCCAGGCGAGGCGCCCUGGUGUCUCUCGUUCUGCCACUGCCCGCCUUUCACUCAGCCCGAAGGAAGGAGGGGUGGCAGAAGGUGGGCUGUGUGUGUUUACAACAUUUAUAGGUCCAGAGGGAUUGGCAGACAAGUGCCAUUUUAAUAAAAAUUUAUUUAAAAAAAGAAAAAAGACAAUAUGCCGACAGUCUAAUCAUAAGAUUUGUCCUAUAGGACUGUGACAUUUAUUUUCCAAAGUUUCUAAAGAAUACGGGUCUGUGGUGAUAAA